GUGUGAGCCUCCCUUACCUGGCCGCUUGGUUUCUACCUGGGGCGUUUGCUGGAACUCCUUGUCAGGGUCGUCGACUUGGUGUUUUUUCCCCCGCCGCUUGUCGGACGCUGAACACUGGCUUCACUCAGGAGUAAGACGGAGAAGGCGUUAAAGGAUGCUAAGAAGAUCUUGACUCGGGGCCCCAACAUGAGUGUGACAUCAUGGUUUCUGGUCAGCAGCUCUGGCACACGCCACAGGUUGCCACGGGAGAUGAUCUUUGUCGGCCGGGAUGAUUGCGAGCUAAUGCUACAGUCCCGCAGUGUGGACAAACAGCACGCCGUGAUCAACUACGACACAAACACAGACGAGCACAUGGUGAAGGACCUGGGUAGUUUGAACGGGACGUUUGUGAAUGACCUCAGGAUUCCUGAUCAGACGUACAUCACCCUCAAGCUGUCGGAUGUCAUUCGCUUCGGUUAUGAUGCUCACGUGUACAUCCUGGAGAGGAGUCAGCACAAGGUCCCAGAGGAAGCCCUUAAACAUGAGAAGUACACCAGCCAGUUGCAGCUCGGCAUAAAAGCCCUGGAGGCCAAGGCGAAGGAAAAACAGCAGUUUCAGAGCCCAGAGAAGAGCAAGGACUCUCCUUCCAAUGUCAAACACCAGGACAAGGCUGAGCGUAGAGCCCACUCACUCACUGCUGCCACAGAUUCUCCGAUAUCCAAGCCUACUCCCCUGUAUGGCCAGCCGUCGUGGUGGGGGGAGGAUGAGGACCCUGCCAACAAAAAACAGAGCAGAGGUGGAAAGUUGCCAGAGCAGGAAUCUCCAGAGCCUGCUAAAGACGCGUCCAGAUAUGAGGUCAAUGGGUCUCUGUCGGACAGUCAAGCCAAAUCCAUCUUCUCCUAUCGCCGGGAGCCCAGCUACUUUGAGAUCCCAACAAAGGAGUUCCAACAGCGACCUACCAAGAAACUGGACUCGCAGGUUCAUGAGGUUCCCACAAAGGACACCCCAGAUCCCACCCAAUGUGUCUCCUCCACUCCCACUCCCCCUGUGGUCCAAAGCCAUGCCUCCUUCACCAUUGAAUUUGAUGAUUGUACGCCAGGUAGAAUGAAGAUCAAGGACCAUGUGACCAAGUUUUCUUUCCGCCAGCAGCGCAAGCAUUCUUCAAUAGAGCUUGCUACCACACCUACCGAAAUGCUGUCAGCCGAAAGCAAAGUUGCUGAUUGGCUGGUCCAAAGCAACGCUAGCAUGAUGAGGAGGUCGUCACAAGGGGAAGACUUGUAUAGCACAAACAGUGACCCAUCACUUAUGUUGAGCACCAAGGCAAACCACCAUGAAGAUGGCUCUCACAGUGAUUCAGGACACCCUACAAUCAGCAGACAGGAUUUUCUCCAAUCAGGGCCUCAGAAUGUAUCCCAGGGUUCCCCACAAACCCUUAGAAAUUCCCCACCACAACGCUUUGCCUCCCCUGACUCUGAGGAACCUUUGUCCUACUCUCCACCAGAGUCUCAGUCCCUUUCCAGUCUUGGCAAGGCAGAGCCCCACCAAGCUUUUGUCAUUGAAUUCUUUGAUGAUAACCCAAGAAAGAAGCGCUCCCAGUCCUUCACCAAUAACACUACCCCACCAGAGUCCUCAGGCCCCAGACUUCAGCUGGAGAAGGCAAAGAAGAGCUCAAGCCCAACUGGAGAGAGACAAGUCCCACCUCCACCCACCACAACUCCCCCAACCCAACGAUACACUAUCCCCCUCAAGAGCCCUGCUCCCACAGGACCUCAAAGAGCUGGCUCUCUACGAAGGGAAAAGACAGAAGAUCGAAUCAGCACAGGCUUUUCUUCCCGCUCCUCCUCAUCCGUGUCUACAAGACCCUUCAGCAGCGUGGGCCGGAGAUCUAAACUCGCCCAGGAAUUUACUGCAGAAUUUCUGAAACAAGCAAAGCAGAACUUAUCUGCCAGCUGGGAUAAAAAUACCUCUAGUAGAGCAGCUAAAACAGAGAAAGUGGCAGUAUCACAGUCUGAUCAGAGUACUACUAGCCCUCCUCAAGCUGAUGGCCCAUACCCACCUCAAACCUCCUCCCCUAUCCACAAGCCUGUUCCCCUCAAAGCUCCUGUCAUGCCUCUGGCAUCUCCAACUGUGGAAGUCAAGAGCCCCCAUGGUGGCCCCAGAAAUGAAGAGGAGGACAGUCUGAGUGACGCUGGAACCUACACCAUAGAAACAGAAGCUCAAGAUAAAGAACUGGAGGAUGCACGGAGUAAGAUUGACCAGGUUCAGUCAGCAGGUGCUGUGUUGCAGGGGGCUCCUAAGUGGAUGUCUUGCUGGGCCAGCUUGGCAGACAGCUACACAGAAUCUGGCCCUUCGUCUGGCCUCUUUGACAUCCCUCCCCAGAUGGAACUGUCAGGAGGAGCGCGAGCCACAAUCAUCCACAAGGCCACAGUCAGCCGAAACCACGACAGCACAGACUCGGAUGGCUCGAAAGCCCGUCGCAUCCUGCCACAGGUGCCACCGGGGGACAAGUGUGACAUUCCAACUCCCAGCAUUCAUGUUCACUAUGACCCGCAUUCAACGUUUGAUGUAGGAAACGGUAGCUUGGUGGCCCCCAGCUCCCAAGACAGCAUUCACAGGUUAACAGUGCAGGAUGACGUGGAGCCUGACAGCCUGAGUGACGCCAGCAAGUCUGAUGAUGGAUCCAUCAUAGAGCAGAGGAGGAGGCCGCUGUCAGACGGAGAAGACAAGCCAACUGAGGAGAAGCUCAGAGUACCAGCCAAGUCUACGUCUUUUUACAUCGGCUCGGAGGACGAGGUGUCCAAAGCAGAGCGUGGAGGCUCAAAAUCCAGCACGCCGAAGGUCGAGAGAAAACAUGUAGUCAAAACUUUCUCAACGGCCACUCUGACUAAACAGAGAGGCAGUCAGGAGUUUGGAAAAGUAAAGCCCACUGUAUCGGCUCCUGUACUGGGACAGGGGACACGGAGUCCAGAGUUGAAGGAGGGCUCCCCGUUAAUCAGACAGGAGAGCUUCACCAAGGAGCGGCCCAGCAAUGCCAGACUCCCCAACAUCUCUAGCCAGCCUCUACAAAGAGAUCCAGACCCUGAAUUGUUUCAGGGAGCCAACAGUCAGGACACCCACUCUUUCCUCAAAGAGACGGAGGACGUCCUGGCUGUUCUAGAGGCCAAACUCCAAGCAGGACGUUCAGGGCCCACUCCGUCUCCCAUAAUGGACUCUCUUUCUGGGGAGUCUGAUGUGGAUACGUCCAGCACAGUCAGCCAGCACAGCAAUAAGACCAAGCCGAACACACUGACGAAAAAAACAUCUGCUAGUGGCUUCCACAGAGAGAGGUCUUCAGCUAGCAUAGCGAGUCAGGACUCAAAUCAUCAGUCCACAUCAUCAGAAAAGCACCGUUCUCUGGGCUCAGACAGCAGGAACAAGACUGAGUCUGUCAGGAGGCCGGUUGGUCUGAGACGUAGUGUGGGAAAAUGUGGCUCCACAGAUCUAAGCGACGACCCUCAGAGUUUACCCUUCUCUGAUCAGGAGUCUAACAACCACCAAACCCGCAAGAAGUACACCGUGCCCCUUCAGAAGGAGGACGGCAAGACCACCAGAGUGUCCCAGGCCCUAAGUCGUGCCAACAGCUUGUCAGCCCCAAGACCUACCAGGGCCUCCAUGCUCCGUCGGGCUCGCCUGGGAGAGGCCUCGGACAACGAGGGCACAGAGACAGACAGGCUGUCCCAGGAGGCAGCCAACGCCCCGCCUAAGCAGCCUCAGGAAGCCAAGAAACUUUCCAGGCUGGAUAUGCUGGCCAUGCCUCGUAAGCGGACUAGCUCGUUCAACACACCCAGCGACACCGAGGCCUCAUCCACCCCGCAGUGGACAGGCAGGAGCUCAGGAUUUUCCAACCGUAGCACAGAGUCGGGCAGCAGUUCCACUCGAAGGGCUUCUGCUUCGGGGCCAAAGCCUGCAGAAAGGCCACAGAAAGCAGCGCUCGGCAAAACCCCGAUCACUCGUGGACGCUCCAGCAGUGCCAAAUAUGCCAGCAGCACAGCAAGCUCUAGGAGGCGACAGAAAGGCUCUGACUAUACCUCUACCUCAGAUGAAGAGUACGACUCAAACCAGAGCACUCCUAAACACAAACGCUCCCAACCUUCCCCAGCCUCUUAUAGCCCACGUCAUCAGCCUCGAUCACUGCCGGUGGUUGCCAUGCGUCCGAAAUCACGCAACAGAGAUUCUGAAGAUGAGAACCACGAGGGAGAGGCCUUCCAAAACUGGUCCUCUCACAGUGCUGAGAUUGCACGGUUGAGUCAAGAUCUAGCCAAAGACUUAGCAAUCUUGGCCAGAGAGAUCCACGAUGUAGCGACCGAUGGUGAGCCACAAAACCCUGGAGAGGAGGGCAGUGCACCUGUCUCCACGGUGACCGCUCACGAACAGCUGGUUCAGCAUAUCCCAGAGGCUGGGUUACACUACCAGAGAGUCCCCCCAAGCUCUGCGCGUACGAGGGAACCCGACCAGAGCUCCAGUGACCUCGAACAGCACUCCAGGCAACGAGCUCCAAGCAGAGACGAGGCCGUCGUGGAUAAUUUGAUGCUGAAUCCAGUGUCUCAGGUCAUCGUGGCCAUCAGAGAAAACACGGAGCAACUUGCCGACAAAAUUAAGGUACUGUUCCAGGACAGGGUGGAUAUCUGGGAGGAAAUUGAAGCCAAGGUUAAUUCUGAAAAUGACAUCCCUGUUGUCAAAACUUCCAACAAGGAAAUCACAACUAUCUUGAAAGAACUGAGGAGAGUUCAGAGACAACUCGAGGUCAUCAACACAGUCAUGGAACCCAGCGGGCAGCCUGAAGCUACGAAAACCUCAUCCUCCUCCUCCUCGUCUGGAGCUCGGUCCUCCAGACCUGCUUCCUCACGGGACUGGAGAACAAUUCACUCUGUUACCAAGCGUGGCGGUGGCCCGAGGCCCAGCGAGAGCGUCAGGAGAGCAGCUGUGACCCCAGACGAUCUCCGAGAGGGAUAUUUAGUCUGAGAUCUGACACAAACACACCAGCGCAGAACUUCUGCUAUAACUCCACAAACCCAGGUGCUGGACUGUUGUGAAAUGAAACAAAUGAGGGGGGGAAGUGAGACUGGAUUCACACAUCCUAACAUACGCACUACUGCGCUGUGAGCACUACACACCUGCACGGUGGUGUGAAUACACAGUGACGCCUGCACUAAACGCCCUUAAAACACGCUGAGUGGGAGGCCUGCAUACGAGGUGACGAUUUAAGGAAGUACUGUAAUAGUUCAGUAAAUCUCACCUUCACUUCUAAAGCGCUACAAAGCUAUACUUGAUUCUCUUUGUUUGCCAAUGAUACGACCAGAUUUUUAAAACAGCUCAUUGUAAUUAUUUGGUUUAAGUGAAAACCAGCCUGAGCAUAAUCAUCUCAGGGAAAUCUACAAAUACAUCAACUGUUUGUGUUGAGUGACAAAUCAUAUUUUGGAGGAAAUAUUAGUUCGUAGAUAUUUGUUUUGAGAGUAGAAAGACCUCCAGUUAUAGUUCUCUGUGACCUCGUGUCCUCGGUAACCCCGCUGCAUUUCUUUAUAUAUUCUCUCCCGUGUUUUUGUCUUUGUUUGCCACGUUCCUCUGUGUGGACCAGAUUUAUAGAAAGACUGUAAAAAGUAUUUAUUAGGGCUCUUUUGUGAGACGCUGUGGUAUUUUGUAGCUGACACGACACGGCUUUGGGAGAGCGUCAGUGGCCUCUUGUGCCAGACUAGUUGUUGUUAUAUUGCACAGUUGCUACAAGCCAAUUUUGUGUGUCCUUGCCCCGGUAACAUUUCUCUCCUCAGUAGAUGGACUCUACCUGUUUUGUCCUUAUCCUUCAGGAAUGUGCGGUCUGAAUAGGAGGAGGGGCUCAACUCCGUAGUGUGUCCACCUCACAGUCACACAGUCAGGUGGCUGUAACACACAGCUCGGGAGUUUCCAAUCAUUCCUGCCUUUUGAAAAGCGUAUUUUUAUUCACGUCAAACUCAGUUGGGAGCUUAAAAAAAACCUGCUUUUCCAUGCCCAAAGAACGCAAUCAGCUCUGAGGGUUUGGCCAAAGACAAUCAUGAAACAACAAGCCUCCUUUAUCUGUGUUUGCACUGAGCUCACCACAUCUAGCUUCCAUAUGGUUGUUGUUCUACGAGCUCUUCAGAGCGCUGCGGUAACAGCUGGACAUUUCCUCGGUCUCUUGAGUCACAAUUUCACUUCUGCGGAGUCCUCACAUGACAGGAGACGUGAUGUAAUUUUAGCAUUUGUGUUGAUUGUGUGAAUCUUGAUUAUUAGUUCUGUCGAUGAGUGUAAAUGUCUAAAGAUACCUGUAUGUCUAUGAAUUACCUCUAAAUCUUUGCACUAAAGGUAGUACAACAUUGUCCCGACAACCUGAAAUGCUGCGAACUGAAAGCUUUUUACUCUCCUGUGAAAGAUUGUAAGCUUCUUAUACCGAAGCAGGGAAAAAAGGCGACCCAGUACACCAGCAAGUUUUUCUUUUUUUUUUCGUUCUCCUCUUCCCAGUCCAGAUUGUACGUGUGAUUGUAACUGGGAAGUACCUACAAGUGCCACAUAGCUGUGUGGGAUGAUAUUUCAUGCAGCCCAAGUAAAGUGGUUGUUUACAAGCUUGAGCAAAAAAAUUGAAUGUUUCUUUCUUAACGAAUUGCUGCUAUUCAUUUUCUAUGGGAUAGUGUUUCCCCUUUUGCUUUAUUCCAACACAGUUACAGUGGGAGAAGAUCGGAGAGCUAAAGUUUAAAUCUUGUGUGUCAAAUUUGUGUCCUCCCCCUUUUUUCUUUUUUUUUUUUGAUAUUCAGUUUCUGUUUCCCCUCCUUCUCGCCCCCCCAAAUGAUUUGCUAGUAAUUUGUUAGCUGGUAUUUAUGUUUGGUUGUUUGUGUAAGUUUAUAGAUGAUGAUGAUUCCAGAUAUUUUCAAAUAAAUUUGUUGAGCAAACCUG